UCCCUCCCCCCGCGCCCGCACCCCUCACCUGCCCCGUACCGUGACAUUUUGCAAAUCGUCUCUGACGAUUUUUUGUGAAAAUUAAUCCUAAAAUCCGCGUUAGGGCAUGGUCGGUACAGCUGUUCUGUUAAAAACCCGUGAAUCUAUUAACGUUAUUAAGUUUUUUCGUGCCAAGUGCUUCUAAGCUAUCAAGAUUCCGUCGAUAAACCGAAGCCUACCCAGUGGGUGGCUUGUUCAGGUCUGAGGUUAAAACUAAAAUCAUGGAGGGAAAACGGGAUUCAUUCUUCUUGUCCAACAAGAAAAAGGCUGACAAGGCAAACAAAGGAACCUUUAAGAAGAAUAAAGUGGAAGGAACACAAGAAAAUUACAAGAAGGAAAAAAGACAAGACAACUUCAACAAAAACCGGCCGGGUCUUGAGCAAAAUGGAGAGGAAAAGGUGAAAAAACCAUUUGAUAAAAAGACUUAUCGCUUGAAAAAGUACAGUAAGAAGUACAAGCUUGACCAAUGGGAGGAGCAGCGUAAGAAGAAAUUGCUGCACAACUACUACAAAGAAAUCCAGAAUGAUCCCGCCAGUGGCUCUUACAAACCAAUUAACUUUGAUGAAGACCAAGUCGACAGCAAUGAAGUAGGAAAAUUCGUAAGACAUCCUGAUGCUAUCAAUAAAGUCAGCAGCGCCGAAAAUGUGGCCACCAAUGGCACUAAGCCAGUCAAAAAAGAUCCGUAUUCCAAAGCAAAGGAGCAAUUCGAAAAAAUAAAACAACAGAAAAUUGAUAAGCAAAAAGAGAUUGAGAAGGCUAAAGAAGAGAAAAAGCAGAAGAUGCAUGAAUACAAGAAGAAGAAGCAAGAACGAUUCAAGAAGUUGAGUAAGAAGACCAAGAAGGGACAGCCAGUCAUGACCGGAAGAAUGGAACUGCUGCUAGAGAAAAUACAGAAAUCUAAAUAAACUUGUAGUUAAAGACUUGUAGGCAUGAAUAAAAUUGAGAACUGAUUAGGUUAAAAUUGCUUUUUUCUUAUUUUGGUCAAUGUAAAGUUGCAUUUAUUUUUUUAACUUUAGAAGUUGAAAAGCUUUGACAGGCAUGUGCCGUUUUUGAUUGUUUUAACUUGCAUUUAUGACUGUUUUUCUCACUAUUAAAUAUGCUUAAAAGAUU